GCCCGCGAAAGCCUCGCCUCGACACGCCCCUCGGGAGCAACGGCGCUUACCCAACCGCAGCCCCAGCGAUCGAACCCAGCCCGCCCUCUUCCCGGGGCGUCCCGUCGUGCCCCCGCGCCGGGCUCCUAGGGUAGCCGGGCGCCUCCCGCCUUCCCGUUGCCCCGACCCCGAACUCCUCUCAGUUCUCUCAGGAACCCUAUCCUAUCAACGCCUACUAUCCCUAAGCCAAUUCGCGCAGGCCUCCGGUCUCAGCGCAAGGCCUUCACCAAGCCCACCCAAUCAACGGCGGCUCUCUCCUGCCCCACCCAAUCUCCCUCCCCCCGGCCAAUCCGCGCGCUCCAUUCCGCUGCCCCGCCCAGCCAACCCGGGCCUUGAAACAGCAGGCGAAUGGGCACGAGAUGGCCCUUUGACGCUGAGCGCCUGGCCAAUUGGGGAUUCCGCGUGGCCAGGACAACGGCCAAUCGCCGUGGAGCGCGGCGCCUCCGCGGACAGUUCGAGCCGCCACCCGAAAGGCCGGGCCCUCGUCUUAGGAGGAGUCGCCGCCGCCGCCACCUCCGCCAUGGAGCUGAAUCACCAUCCUCGAAAGACCGUGUCUCCUGAUCGGCUGGAAGCUGGGAUAGCGGCGCAGACAGUUCCUGGAGCGUGCGGCCCGUGGAGAACCCUGGUGCGUGCUACCACCGACCGCCGACAGGCCCAUACCCGCCGCGUCCCCAUCCCUGCGUUGCGGGGCCUUUCCGCCCCUCCUGGAGGCCCAGGCCUCGGGAACCUACCCGGCCCCAUCCCGUCCCCCUCCCCCCCAGCCCCGCCCACUUUCCUUGUGGAACUGUCCAGAGUGCUGGCAAAUCCAGGAAACAGUCAGGUUGCCAGAGUUGCAGCUGGUCUAUAAAUCAAGAACUCUUUGACAUCUAAAGAUCCAGAUAUCAAGGCACAGUAUCAGCAGAGGUGGCUUGCUAUUGAUGCUAAUGCUUGGCAAGAAGUAAAGAACUAUGUUUUGCAGACAUUGGGCACAGAAACUUACCGGCCUAGUUCUGCCUCACAGGGUGUGGCUGGUAUUGCUUGUGCAGAGAUCCCAGUAAACCAGUGGCCAGAACUCAUUCCUCAGCUGGUGGCCAAUGUUACAAACCCCAACAGCACAGAGCACAUGAAGGAGUCGACAUUGGAAGCCAUCGGUGGUUAUAUUUGCCAAGAUAUAGACCCAGAGCAGCUACAAGAUAAAUCCAAUGAGAUUCUGACUGCCAUAAUCCAGGGGAUGAGGAAAGAAGAGCCUAGUAAUAAUGUGAAGCUAGCUGCUACUAAUGCACUCCUGAACUCAUUGGAGUUCACCAAAGCAAACUUUGACAAAGAGUCUGAAAGGCACUUUAUUAUGCAGGUGGUCUGUGAAGCCACACAGUGUCCAGAUACGAGGGUACGAGUGGCUGCUUUACAGAAUCUGGUGAAGAUAAUGUCCUUAUAUUAUCAGUACGUGGAGACAUAUAUGGGUCCUGCUCUUUUUGCAGACGAAAAUGAUGAUGACGAUGACUGGAACCCCUGCAAAGCAGCAGGGGUGUGCCUCAUGCUUCUGGCCACCUGCUAUGAAGAUGACAUUGUCCCACAUGUCCUCCCCUUCAUUAAAGAAUACAUCAAGAACCCAGAUUGGCGGUACCAGGAUGCAGCAGUGAUGGCUUUUGGUUGUAUCUUGGAAGGACCAGAGCCCAGUCAGCUCAAACCACUAGUUAUACAGCCUAUGCCCACCCUAAUAGAAUUAAUGAAAGACCCCAGUGUAGUUGUUCGAGAUACGGCUGCAUGGACUAUAGCCAGAAUUUGUGAGCUGCUUCCUGAAGCUGCCAUCAAUGAUGUCUACUUGGCUCCCCUGCUACAGUGUCUGAUUGAGGGUCUCAGUGCUGAACCCAGAGUGGCUUCAAAUGUGUGCUGGGCUUUCUCUAGUCUGGCUGAAGCUGCUUAUGAAGCCGCAGAUGUUGCUGAUGAUCAGGAAGAACCAGCUACUUACUGCUUAUCUUCUUCAUUUGAACUCAUAGUUCAGAAGCUCCUAGAGACUACAGACAGGUAA